GCACAGACAGAGCAGACAGGGACCGCGGCGCCAUUUUUGCGCUGGAUCCUGAAGCCCAUCCCCCUGAUUCUGCCUCCCAGUCCGGCUCUCAUUCAUUGGCUUCAGCAGGGAAGCGUCUGGCUGCAUGCUCGCUGGCAGAAGAUGGCCUCGCCACGGACCAUAACGAUUGUGGCCCUGUCGUUCGCGCUGGGCUUGUUCUUCGUGUUCAUGGGCACCAUCAAGCUCACCCCGAGGCUCAGCAAGGAUGCCUACAGUGAGAUGAAAAGGGCAUACAAGAGCUAUGCAAAGGCGUUACCAGGUUUGAAAAAGAUCGGGAUCAGCUCAGUGCUGCUCCGUAAAAUCAUUGGUUCUCUAGAAGUAGGCUGCGGAAUCGUGCUAACCCUUGUGCCAGGUCGACCCAAGGAUGUGGCCAACUUCCUGCUGCUCCUGGUCAUGCUUGCAGUCCUCUUCUUUCACCAACUAGUAGGGGACCCCCUUAAGCGGUAUGCCCACGCUCUGGUCUUUGGGAUUCUGCUGACCUGCCGACUGCUCAUUGCACGGCAGAGUGACGACCGGCCAGAGCGUGAGGACAGCAGGGAGGAGCAGCACAUCAAUGAUCAGGAAAAGAACAAGGUCAAGCAGUCUUAAGAUCUUCUUCCACUUCCAUUCAAGCAACAAUAAGGGAAACCCAAUGGGCUCUGAAUUGUAAGAAUUCAGAUUUUCAAAGGAAACAUUAUAGUACCUCCCUUCAGCACAUCCUCUGUCCCAUCCAACUGGCUGACUGAUUACUCUCACCGUCCUCUGCACACCUACUGUGAAACCAAGAACUGCUGACCCAUAUGUUCUCUACAUAACCAUGGACAAUCGUACUUGUGAAAACUUGGAGAUCUGCUAAAUGUUGAUCCAACUUCCUAUUAAUUUCACUCUUACACUGUGUCAAAUGUUUGAUUUGAAGUUUUCUGAUGAAUUGAGAAUGCUGUUUUUCAUAAAUCUUUGUAGCUUAUUUUUAAUUGUAGUGUCUGAAUUUUAAGCAUGUUCUAAUUUGUACAGUUUAACUAAAAGAAUCAAUAGGAGCGCUAUGAAAAUGGUAACAAUUACACAUCAGCUAAUAUGUAACUAUAUCACGUUUUGGAGGAGUAUUACAAUGACGGUGCUUUACAGAAGAGAAAAAAUAACCAAUGAUCUGAAAAUUCUUCAUUUCACUUGAACUUUUUGUGGACAAAAAUAAGCUCUAAUGUCUUUUUCCUUUCAGGUAGUGUAACACUGUUAAAUCAUUUUGGUGAAGAGGACAUUUCCCUCAAGUAUCUGCUGCUUGCUUGUAUAGCAGAAGAAGACCAAAACAAGUCUUUUGCCUGUGUGAAAAAUUAAUUUUACUCUUUAAAUCACGAUUCAAGUCUUAAAUUCAGAUGAUCAGUUUUUAAAAUAACAAUAAUUUGAAAAAUGUUCCUACUGCAGUUGAAAAUACUCUCAAGAAUACUGUUAAGUGUGUACUUGAAAUAAAGAAACUGAUGUAAACCAAA